AUGAACUUUUGUGCUACGUGUAGGAUUUUGGCACCGAGUCCUAGAUUUAGUCUUAAAUCAACAACAGUUCAAGCCAGACCAUUUUUUUGCCUCUUAAAGCUGCAUUCAGGUGCUCGGCAAAUUGCUUUACCUGGAGCAAAGCGCGUACUGCAGCUGAAUGAAACCAGCUGUCCUUCGGCCACAACCUCUUUCCAAUGGUACCAGGAUGAGGGACCUACGUUGCUUGUGCCUGGUUUUGUCUUUCUUAUGGGAGCAGGUGGCGAAGGCUUAUAAAUAUAUGAGUGGUGUUUUUCUAGUGAGUCACUCAUCGGACCAGCAAGCCACAGACAGUUCCAGGCCGCCCAGCAAGAUGGACGUAAACCGGCUCCAGGAGCAAUACCACUACUUAAAAGAGAAGCAGAAGCUGCACGCCCAUGUCGUCGUGUUUAAAACAGGUGGAAAUGGGAGCAUUCCCAAGGAAUCCAUGAUCAGUGCUGUUUUAAUUAACAAGACCACGAGGAAAGCAUUGAAAGGAAGAGAGAUCAAAGUGGAUUUGCCCUGCCAGGGAAAUGGACAAGACAGCUCACCAUGGCGGAUACAUCUUGGUAUCCACCGUCUGGCACGUCACCAGGGACAGCCUUGUGAUGGCAUCCAAAACCAGACUGAACAUAGCAUGUGGUCUUGUGAGGAGUCAUUAGACAGCACUGAACCGGCCAUUGCAUUCGCCAUCAAAGAGGAAAAUCCAUGCCCUCCUGAAGAGAUGGUCAGUUCCAACUCAACUCGGACAUCAGUAACUUCCAUUUGGGCUUAUUCCAGCCUCAACAUCUCAGCUUCAAAACCAACAUCUACUAAGCUAUCUUAUUACCCUUUCCCUCAGAAGAAAAACCCCAAGAUUUCUGAAGCUGCAAGGAAACUGGGGUUAUAUGUCUCCCAAUGAGAAUUGUGUAAUAGAAGACAGUGGUAGGCCUAUCACUACAGGUAAAGUAGAUACAGAAAGCUUCUUUUUUCCUCAUGCACAGGUAUAAUUUGCCUGAAAUAUACAGGUAGCGUUUCUGUUCCUGUGAACAUGAGAACUGAUGGACUCACAUGUACUAUUUUAAAUCAAUGUUUCUGUAAGGCAGUGUUUCCCAACCUUGGCCAACCUUUAAGAGGGGUGGACUUCAACUCCCAGAAUUAUCAGAUUAACAGAGUUGGAAGGAACCUUCUAGGUCAUCUACUCCAGCACCUCGCCUCCCCGCUCAAGGAGGAGACCCUACAUCAUUUCUCACAAACCCCCAUACUGGCUGAGGAUGUCUGGGAAUUGAAGUCUAUCUCUUUUAAAGUGGCAAAGAUUAGGAAUCAUUGCUCUAGGACAGUGGUUUCAAACUCAAGGCCCUGGGGAUAGUUCCAGCCCACGGGGUGCUUAGAUGUGCCCCAUUGGGCCACUCUGGGGCACAUCUAAGUGAAGGACAAGCCCGUGGUGUGUCUGCCAGUGAAAACAGAGCUCGGGAGGGCAGAGUGCUCGGACCAUCAAAAGUGCCCCCAACACGAGUGAUGUUGAGCCGGCCACAUCCCCUGCCCAUCCUCAAAAGCCAAACUCAACUCUGAUGCGGUCCUCAAUGAAAUUGAGUUUGACACCCCUGCUCAAGGAGUUAUGUUUGCAAUUUUAAGGAAAGAUUAUGUAGAACAGGGAUGUCCAACCUUGGCAACUUAGGCUGGCUGGGAGAAUUUUGGAAGUUGAAGUCCACAAGUCUUAAAGUUGCCAAGGUUGGAUGCCGCUAAUGUAGAAUUGCAGCUACUUCCACACUUCUGCUUCUCACAUAGAGUGAGAGAAUGCUAAAAUUAGGUACGUUUGCUGAUGAAGGAAUGUUCUGUUUUUUUGUUUUUGCUCAGCCAGCCCAACAUUCUUCAUCAGAAGAAAAGGGAAUUUUUCUCCCCUAAUUCCUCAGUGAAAAUAGGAGGGAAAUGCAAUAAGUAAAUCGCAGGUCACCUUGUGGCAGAGAUAUCAAGCAUUGAGAUUUCCCUCCCAGGUUGGAAAUGAUUUGAAUUACACUGCUCCAGAUUGAAACCAGAUGCUUGAAUGUGUUGUAUUUUAAUGUCAACCUACUAGCUAUAUUUUCUUAAAAUGUAUUUUGAGUGAAUAACACUCUAGACUAGCAUAAACUUCACUGUGAAGAGAAAACAAAACUGUCCUGUAGAAAUCCAGGAGUGAAACCCAGCAGGUUCUGACAGGUUCUGGAGAACCGGUUCUGGAGAAAUUUUGAGUAGUUCGGAGGGAACUGGUAAAUGC